CCCGUCUGGGGACGCAACGCUGAAGCAGCACCCGCUCCUGGCCCACCGAAGUGGGUGUAUCCCGGAACGAAGCCCGUCUGGGGACGCAACGCUGAAGCUGCUCCCGCUCCUAACCCACAGAAGCAUAAGCCCGUUUGGGGACGCGAUGCUGAAGCUGCUCCCGCGCCUGACGCAGGGAGAAGGCCAGUUUGGGGGCGCGACGCUGAAGCUGCUCCCGCUCCUGACGCAGGGAGAAAGCCAGUUUGGGGGCGCAACGCUGAAGCUGCUCCCGCUCCUAACCCACAGGGUGGGCCCCUUUGGGACACCAAAGUUGGCGCAGCCGAAGACGAUCAGGAGUAA